AUUUUGCCUUGCAGUAUCAAAGUAAUGCACUACUUUUUGCGGGUAACGUGCCCCGGGUUGCUGAUCAUGCGCAUUUGUUGUCACGCUGUCUGGCCAGUGCGUCUUUGGCUCCUCACGGCUCUGAAUGCAGCGCCUCUUCUCUCUGCGCGCUCACUGAGCAGCUCUGCUCCGAUCCUCCAACAGCUUUUAAGGUCUUUAGGAGCAACUUCCAACCCUUGAGAUGGAAGACAAAUUGAAAAGUUCUGCAGAGCGAUUGUUCCACAAGUCUUCGUUCAGCAUCAGCAGCCUGUUGUGGAGACGAGAAGGGGUGAUGAGCGACCAGGAGUCCCCGUCUGCGUCCCAGAAACUGCGCGUAAUGGCGCAUCCAGGGAGAUCCAGUCCAGAGAAGUGUGAGAGCGACAUAAAGUGUGAAACUCCCAAACAGUGCACUAAAAUAGAGAGUAAAGAGGCGACUGCGACAGGGAAACGAGAAGGAAAUAAGGAUGAAUCAAAGCACAAUGUUGGAGCCGAGGAAAGCUUAAAAGGUGAGAAGCCUCCUUUCAGCUACAACGCGCUCAUCAUGAUGGCGAUUCGCCAGAGCCCGGAGCGAAGGCUCACGCUCAACGGCAUCUAUGAGUUCAUCAUGGACAACUUCCCCUACUACCGACAGAACAGACAGGGCUGGCAGAAUUCAAUCAGGCACAACCUGAGUCUGAACAAGUGUUUCGUUAAAGUGCCGCGCCACUACGACGACCCGGGCAAAGGCAACUACUGGAUGCUGGACCCCUGCAGCGAGGACGUCUUCAUCGGUGGCGCGUCAGGGAAACUCCGGCGCAGGACCGCGUCUGGUUCCAGGACCAAGCUCGCCCUGAAGCGAGGCGGAGGAGGAGGUCGUCUGCUGUCCGCCAGUACCGCGACCAGCGUGACCUUGGCCGCAGCGGGUUCGUUUUACUGGCCGGUGCCACCGUUUCUGCCCCUACAACCACCGGUGCGCACCAGCCUUUCAGGCGCAGGGACUUACCUGAGCGCUCACCCUCACUUCUCCAACCACGCCGCGUCGGUUGUGUCACAGCGGUCCCGGUUGAGCGCAGCAAGUUCAGCCGCGGACGCAGACCGUUUCGUGCAGACGCGCCAGGGGAUGUCCUACAUCGGAGUCAGCUGCGCGCAAUCCCGCCGCCAGAUCGGCGCAGCCUGCACCGCGUUCUCCGCGUCCAUCCCACAUCCGUGCACGCUGCCGCUGUCGGACCCGUGUUCUUUUAACAUGAUCUCCGGACAAGCCAGCUACUUUUACUCGCAUCAAAUGCCGUGCACCGCAACUUUUAGCCCGUGCCAAGAUGAGUUCGCAGCGGCCAAGACGUCUCCGGGACAUUUUUUAUCCAAGGGUCGUGGCCACUCAGAGCUCGGGGAAUGCUGUAACGACUUUCCAAACUAUUGUCCUCAGUUCAGUCCAAGUCCUCCUUCGUCCUGGAAUAUAGAAAAAUAGAGCAACUGUCAUAACAAUCAA